UUUUUAUUUUUUUAAUACUUUAUCUAACACACUUACUACCUAUCUUAAUUAGAGAGUUUAGGUAAAGUAAUAACAGAUUUCAUAGAAAGUGUUAUCAAUGGUAGAUAGAGCUUCAUAGAAUAGGAAACCUACCUUUAACUCAGAUGGGGUCUCAAGAUUCAAUGCUUUCACAUUCACAUUGGAAAAGGGCUACAAAAAUUCCCCACACAUAGGGGGUUAUCAGGUGACGUGGCGGACAUGGUGCGAGGAGAGAGUGAUGCAUCUUGUAAAUGCGCGCUAUGUGGAGAGCAAUCUACUCGAGUGAACAUUAUCCAUAUGGCACAUUAAUUGAUGACUUUUUUAUUACAUAACUCAAAUAUUUUUUUGGCAUUACUCCAAUAUUUCGAUAAUAAGAAACCAAGAGGUCGUACAACUAUCUUAUCUUAUCUAUAGUAUAGAUGACCAGUCACCUAGGGCUAACAUUAUCAAUAUGGGACAAUAGUCGUGAAGAUCUUUCCAUUUAAUACAUAAGUCGAAUAUUUUUUGGCAUUAGUACUUCAAGAUUUUGUUAAUAAAAACCAAGAGGUAGUACGAUUAGUGUAUAUUAUGCAAUUAAUACCAUGCUUUUUGAUAUAUUAUAUCUUUAUCCCAUCAAUGCAAGUUAUUAUUGUUCUUAAAUAACAACCAUUCAUUUCAGGAUAGUUUGGAACCUUAUAAAUAUGAUGGUAGACACAUUAACAAAACAAACAUUUCAUAUUUCCACCAUGAAAGAAAAUACAUAUGUUAGUGUGACCAUUCUCUUAGCAUGUCUUAUUCUAGCCCUCGGAGGAAAAGAAGUUAAGUGUAUAAGACGGGACAAAAAUACUAGCGGGGCCCCUUUGAAUCAAAAAGUCAAUACUACUAUUGUGGUUGACAGAGGAGAUGUCUAUGACUGCAUCGAUGUGAACCUACAACCAGCCUUUAGCCAUCCACUACUAAAACACCACAAAAUCCAGAUGGAACCAAGCUCUUUCCCACAGAGUAUUCCUACCAAAUCCCCGUCGAUUCAUGCCAGUCCACCAACCCAAUUGUCUUUGAUUGAGUGCCCUACAGGAACAAUUCCAAUAUUGCGCAACAACAGAAGGGUCCACAAGCUAGUACGAGCUAUUGGCAAAGUGAUUAGCAAGAAUGAACAACAGGAGGUUGCAGGAUUUGAGUAUCUAGAUGUGCUAUACGGAACGCGGGCUAAAAUAAAUAUCUAUGAACCUAAGGUGAAGAAUACUAGUAAGGAUCUAAGUGCAUCAUGGAUACAAAUUAAAGGGAUACAAAGAGUAGGCCUUGCAGAUGGGAUAGGUGCUGGUUCUUGGGUAUAUCCAAGCUACAGUGGUGACAACCUUGCUAGGUUUCACGUUGCUUGGGUUGAUGGCUUAAAGAACACAAUUUUCCCUGAUCAUGAUUGUGGCGCUUUCGUACAAGUUAGCUCAAUUGUUGGUCUAGGAGGAAGACUUAAACCAGUUUCUAUCUAUGGCGGACCACAAUACAUCAUAGAUGUUGCCAUUUUCAAGGGUGGGUAUGUUCAAGGUCCGACUGCCUCAUCAGACUCUCCGCAGAUGGGUAGUGGUCAUUUUGCUUCUGAAGAACGUGGAAAAGCAUCGGUUGUAAGAAAUAUCCUAAUUGUAGAUAAUGAAAACAAGUAUGCUAAUCCAGAUGCCCGAAAAGCUCGUCUUGUCGUCACCAGUUCAUCAAAAUAUACCGCGAAGGCUUAUGGUUACGGAUAUAAUGACUAUGGUGUGCAUACUUACUAUGGUGGACCCGGUGCUUUUGUUUAAAUAUAUAUUGUACAAUUAUAAAUAAAGUUUCCAUAAUCUUAUAAUUUGUCAA